AUGGCCGCCACCUUCCUCGCCACCCACUGCCACGUCACCUCCACCGCCGCCCACUCUCCCUCCCUCCGCCGAUUUUCUCUCGCCGCAGCCGUCAAGCCCUCCCGGCUGGCGAUGGUAAAUAGCCGGCCGGCGAAGGGCAGAAUCAGAAUGUCGCACAGGGCCAAUGCCGCUGGGUUCGGGCCGGUGAUGGAGGAGAGCGAGAGCGACGGCGAGCACUAUAACUCGAUGGAGGACGAGCAGUUCGUGCGGUGGUUCCGGGAGGCUUGGCCUUACCUCUGGGCUCACCGCGGCGCUACUUUUGUCGUCAUCAUCUCCGGCGAAAUCGUCAACAGCCCUCACCAUCUUGACCCUAUUCUAAAGGAUAUUGCUUUUCUUCAUCACCUGGGGAUCAAGUUUGUUCUUGUUCCAGGCACCCAUGUCGAAAUCGAUACACUUUUGGCUCAGAGAGGCAAGAGUCCGAAGUUUGCUGGUCAGUAUAGAGUGACGGAUGCAGAUUCUCUAACAGCUGCAAAGGAAGCUGCUGGGAAGAUUACCAUGGAUAUAGAGGCAAAGCUCUCGCCGGGGCCCUCCAUAUGUAAUGUUCGUCGGCAUGGUGAUAGUAGUCGCUGGCAUGAAGUUGGUGUCAGCGUAGCAAGUGGUAACUUUCUUGCAGCUAAGAGGAGAGGAGUUGUUGCUGGUGUUGAUUAUGGGGCAACAGGAGAGGUUAAGAAGGUAGACAUGGUUCGGAUGCGUGAGAGGCUUGAUGGCGGUUGUAUUGUGCUACUGAGCAACCUUGGCUAUUCGAGCUCUGGAGAAGUUUUAAAUUGCAACACGUAUGAAGUUGCAACAGCCUGUUCCUUGGCUAUUGAAGCAGAUAAGCUUAUCUGCAUAAUAGACGGUCCCAUUCUUGAUGAGAGUGGACGUCUGAUUCGUUUCUUGACUCUUGAAGAAGCAGACAUGUUGAUUCGUCAGCGGGCUAUGCAAAGUGAAAUAGCCGCCAACUAUGUGAAAGCUGUUGACGAAGAAAAUCUCCAUUAUCUUGGACGUGAUAAUGGACAUUUUCUAAAGGAAAAACAUAUUCCAAGGUUUAACAAUGGUGUUGGUUUUGAGAAUGGCAAUGGAUUAUGGUCUGGUGAACAAGGUUUUGCAAUAGGAGGUCAUGAGCGGCAAAGUCGAUUAAGUGGUUAUCUCUCGGAAUUGGCUGCUGCAGCAUUUGUUUGCAGGGGAGGUGUUCAAAGAGUUCAUCUGUUAGACGGCACUAAAGGGGGAGUAUUGUUAUUGGAAUUAUUUAAACGAGAUGGAAUGGGGACUAUGGUGGCCAGUGAUGUUUAUGAAGGAACUCGGAUGGCGAGGGUGUCAGACCUAUCUGGAAUAAGACAAAUCAUACGACCUUUAGAAGCAGCUGGCACAUUGGUUACGAGAACUGAUGAAGAGCUACUUAAAGCAUUGGAUUGCUAUGUUGUUGUCGAAAGAGAAGGUCAAAUUAUUGCAUGUGGUGCUUUAUUCUCUUUCCGAGAGGAGAAAUGUGCAGAGGUGGCUGCUAUUGCAGUUUCUCCCGAUUGCCGUGGACAAGGACAAGGAGAUAAAUUACUUGAUUACAUGGAGAAGAAGGCAUCUUCUCUUGGAUUGGAAAAGCUUUUCUUACUAACAACCCGAACUGCAGAUUGGUUUAAGAGACGUGGAUUUUCUGAAUGUUCAAUAGAAUCAAUACCAGAGAAGCGGAGAGAAAAAAUUAAUUUGUCCCGUAGAUCCAAGUACUAUAUGAAGCAGCUGAUACCUGAUACUAGUGGAAUUACUGUUGAUAGGGUGGUGGACUCUUAAGGCUCUCAUAUGAGUCAUAUCCCUGCGACAUGUUUGGGUUUUUUGCUUUUGAGUCCCAAUCCACUGUCUUCCUUUAGGUACUUUCAGAAAAACUGCUAGUAUAAUGAAUUACGUUUCUGAUGACAAGUAAUUCGAGGAGUUUCCUCGAGUAAAAAGUAAUGGAUUAUUCUGAAAAAGUUAUGAAAAGAGAAAGUAGGAUGUGAUGCAUUUCCACAUACAAAUCUUGGCUGAACUUGGCUGUCUUAAUCUCGAGGUUAAGUCUUGAAGAUUAUCGAUAUGGAACCUAUAAACCCAAAGAAUUGAAGAACUUCCCAUUUGGGCCAUAUGUCUAAAAGUGGAGACAAUUUGUCCUACAUUGUUAAGUUUCAUACGAUAACAUCUUUUUAUUU